ACCACUGCUGAACGCGAUCUUUCUACAGAGUAGUCUAUUCACUGACCUCAGCAUUGUACGCACAUGUCCCGAAGAUCCUUCGACAACCGGUAUGGGCUUCUACGAUCGCUUCAAGGAGCUGCUCCCUCAACAUAUCGACAAUCCGACUAUGCCUACUGUGGUGGCACUCGUCGUAUGUGGGGUUUGUCUAGUUCCGUACGGCAAAUAGAGCGCCAGGUGGGUGUACUGUGGCAUGGCGUACAGAAUGAUGGUUGAUCUAGGCUCCCAUCUAGACAUUCCGAGCGGUAUUGACUCUGACUCAAAGAAUGGAGUGUCCGUCACAGAGAUGGAGACGAGACGGAGAAUCUACUGGGGCGCCUACCUAAGCGACAAAUUCCAGUCACUCUACUCAGGCCGUCCUCCGGGCCUUCUCUUAAAGGACGCCAACAUUUCCAAAGAGCUUCUUGACUCGUACGAGGAAAUGGAGCAGUGGAAUCCUGGCAGUGCGAGUAUCAGCCCGACAGUGAGCUACAAGGGACGUCCGGCCUAUGCAAUCAGCUGCUUCCAAGGCAUGCUGCAGCUUGCUACAAUAGCAGAAGAGAUUAUACAACACUUUUAUUCCGUCAGAAGUUCUCAGACGCCGAUGCCGGAUCUACUACGCUUUCGGUCUCAUAUGAGGGAGAGCCUCAGUCAAUGGAUGGAAAGUCUACCAACUCACCUCCUAUUCGAGCCAGGCAAAGAUGACACUCCUCCGCCCAAUCUGGUUUCACUGCAAGUUUCAUACUGGACCUUGGUCAUCUUGCUUGAGCAGGCGUUCUUGAACCGAGGUCACUUCAACUUUUCCAUCGAGCCUGUCUCUAGAGAUGAUGGACGUCGGAGGUGCAUCGACGCCGCAUUCAAGAUUUGGCGUCUGUUGGAAUCCUACAACACGUGCUUCACGCUCAGGCAUGCGCAUUACGGGCUGCUUUAUGCUGCGUAUAGCGCUGUGUUGGUCAUACUUCAGCAUGCUCAUCAAGAUCAAGAACACUACAUUAGCUGCAUCAAGUUUUUCUGGAUGAUUCUGUCCGAGUAUCAAAGAAAGUUUGGCCGAGGAUUGCGAAAGCCUUUCAAGGUGCUCAAGUCUUUGAUGCAGCAGAUGAAGGAGGCAUCCCGACAUAUCGGUCUGGAUGAGUCGAGCAACUCCAACGAUCAACAGCCUACGGGUGAGUUGGUCUAUUCUACCUAGCAAGUUAUUACUGCUCGAGAUAGGUGACUUAAAGUUUCCAGUAGAUUUGACUGACUCGACAUACGAUUUUGAGACACUUGAAGUGGCUGAUACC